UAAGCUUCAGCCAAGUAGCGGUUCGGCAGAUUUUGGACUUCUAACGUUAAAUACGAGAUUAUUCGAUGAGCCAUGUCAGCCAAGGUGUGCACACAGUGUGGGGGUCAGAACAUCCAGCAGGACCUACACUUCUGCUUGGAGCAGCAAAUCUGCAUCGACUGUGGGUGUGUCGUGGAAGAGGGGAGCUUUCAGAACGACGCAUCACGCAUUUACGCGCCGCAUCAGUCAAUCACUCUCCCGCAGCAGUACCGCCAACGCAACAACUUCCACGGGUACGUGUCCAAGGCACGGAAAGCGGGCGCGAAGAAAGUGGAAGAAAUUUCCGCCAUGUUACGCGUCACAUCACAAGCGAUGGUGGACGAGGCAAAAGCGCUGUACCUCCGAGCCUACGACCUUCCCACGCUCAAUAGAACGAGACGGGAAAAGAAGAACGUGCUGCCCGGGUGCUGCGUGUAUAUCGUGUGCAGGCAGCACGACUGGCCAAUCACGGUGUCCGUUCUAUGGGAUCUGAUACAGUGCCGAGAUUCCGUCUUCUACAGCGUGUACAAGGUCAUACUUACAGAUCUGAACAUCAUCAUUACCGCACCAGACAUUGAGGAAGUUAUUCCUUCUGUUAUUAAAAAGUGUGACUUCAACUUUCAACUUGAUGACGAACAGAUGAAAACGAUAACUCGGAUCGUCUGCCUCGCUAAAAACACAUGGAUCUCCUGCGGCCGCCGCUACGACCCAAUCAUCAUCGCUGUGGUGUUCCUCGUGUGGAAAGCGUCCGAUUACGCCAAGAGGAAGAAGACCAGCAUCCCAAGCUUCUAUCGGCAAAAGAAAUCCGGUCCCCAAGUCGUAGCUUUGGUACGGUCCCGCGUGAAUGAACUCGAAGACAUUCUGAUCAAACUUGCGUCAGAGAUUCCCUGGGUACAACCAGGAGAAGUCAACAAACAAAAUGUCGUCUGCUACAUAUCAGACAUUCUGCAGUACGAAAAGACGCUACUCGACGGUAAAGACAUUUUCUCCGACGACUCGGACGUAGAAAGUGAGGAGGAAGAAAGAGAACAAAAAGAUAAGUUCCUUCCACCAGGUAUGAAAAACCGUAAGCCAACGUCGGAUGUAAGGGAUGACAACGAAACAUCAAGUGAUAUUUCUGUCCAAGUGUCUUACUCUACAGAACUGGGAGAAAAUGAUAUACCAGACUCAGAAAUGCACAAGUACAUCCGAACCUCUCAGGAAGUCAAGAUGGUGGAAGAAGUCAUGAAAAGAGAUGAAAACAAAAUUGAAACAGAAAAUCCAGGCAAGAGAAAGGACUCCAGUAGUAGCUGCAAUCCCCACAAGAGAAAAAGAUCAGAUGUUGAAAACCUAGACAAAACAGAGUCUGAUUGAGUUGCAUUAAGAUUAGUAUCAUGUAAUAUUUUGGAAAACAAUGUGCCAUAAAGGAUUUGCAGUGUGAACAGAUUUCUUUGUCAUAAUGUUGGAGCAUACCAAAAUUCAAUUCCAGACUCAAGAUGGAUUUCUUGAAAUCUCAGUUUACAGUUACAACUUGUACACCUACUUUUUGCAUCGAUAAGUUGUCAGUGAAUUUUACUAGGGCAGUCCAAUAACCUUAGGAGGACCCACGCAAUCGGCAAGGGAGACACAGUUCGUCACAGAUGAAACUGUGUAUUAGAAUAGGUCACAAGAAAACACAGACAGUAUAUAGAUUAGUUUCUCUCUUGGUUAGUGUU